CCUCACGCGCCCUGGGCACGCGCGGACGGGAUGCGUCUGAGGUGUGUGAGUGCGUGAGAGGUCGGGGGUCAUGGAGAGGUCAGGGGUCAUGCUGAGGCGGGAGUCGGACUCACGUGGUUUAUUUUCCUCCGGAGACACGUCAGACAACGACUAUGAGGAGACGUUUCUUUGUGAAAACUGUGGAAAAAACAGAAAAAUGAAGACGAGGUACUCAGAGGGAUACGGCACAGAGGAGGAGUGCGGCUUGUCCGAUCCUCAGGGCGACAGUGAUGCAGACGCAGAUAUAGAGGACACAGACAGCAGACUGCAGGAGCCCGGGUCUCUGCAGCGAAUCAGCUCCCGGCGUCGGAAGCGUCCGAGGGUCGCACGUCAGGACACGACUGAGAGCGAAGACGACGGAGGCCACAGCAACCGGACUCACCGCUGGAACCUGCGCCUAAGCCCCGCCCACAGCCGACCCAUCCUGGAGGAGAGCAUCUCGCAGGUGCGGCCGCUCAUCGUCUGCCGUCCGAGCGCGCACACAGACACGGCGAUGGAACGGUCCAAACGGUCGCUGCCUCCUCCUCUGCUCCUCCUGCUCCUCCUGCUCCUCCCGCUCUCUCUCUCCGCCGUCAUCAUCGUGUCGUACCUCCUGCCCUGGACAAGCACCAGAUGA